AUGACAAAGAUCGAAAAGGUUGGUAGCUUUGAAUCGAAAAUCACCGUUUAUGUGGUAGUUUGUUGGGUUCUAGCGGCCUGUGGAGGCCUGAUGUUCGGCUACGACAUCGGAAUUUCAGGUGGAGUGACGGCCAUGGAUGACUUCCUCAUCAAGUUCUUUCCGGCCGUUUAUCAAAGAAAGCUUCGUGCGAAGGAAGACAACUACUGCAAGUAUGACAAUCAAUACCUUCAGCUUUUCACAUCUUCACUCUAUCUUGCUGCUCUCGUUUCCAGCUUUGCUGCCUCAAAGAUGUGCUCCAAAUUGGGUCGAAAGCCCACGAUUUUCGUGGCAUCUGCCUUUUUCUUGUGUGGCAGUCUCUUGAGCGCGGCCGCUCAACGAAUUUGGAUGAUCAUCCUUGCCAGGGUUCUUCUAGGUGUUGGGGUUGGGUUUGGCAAUGAGGCUGUUCCUCUAUUUUUGUCGGAGAUUGCACCAGUCCAGCAUCGAGGAGCUGUAAACAUUCUCUUCCAACUCUUCAUUACAAUAGGGAUUUUGUUCGCAAAUUUGGUAAACUAUGGCGCGUCCAAGAUUCAUCCAUGGGGAUGGAGACUGUCUUUAGGCCUUGCAUCCCUUCCGGCUGCCUUCCUAUUUGUAGGCUCUGUGGUCAUCAUUGAAACACCGGCGAGCCUGGUCGAGCGUAAUCAAGAAUCUCAAGGGCUAUCGACGCUUAAGAAGAUAAGGGGAGUAGAAGAUGUUGAUGCGGAGUUUGAACAGAUUAAAAUGGCUUGCGAGGCAGCACGAGAGGUCAAGGAUCCAUUCAAGAGACUCAUGAAGCGCUCUAGCAUGCCCCCACUAAUCAUUGGCGUUAUGAUGCAAGUGUUUCAGCAGUUUACGGGGAUCAAUGCUAUCAUGUUUUAUGCACCGGUUUUGUUUCAGACCGUCGGGUUUAAGAAUGACGCAUCUUUGUUGUCCUCUGUCAUCACCGGACUUGUGAAUGUUUUCAGCACGUUGGUCUCGAUCUAUGGUGUUGACAGGGUCGGGAGGAGGAAACUGCUUCUCCAAGCUUGCGUCCAGAUGUUCAUAAGUCAGACUGCAAUUGGAGCAAUCCUACUUGUUCACUUGAAAGGUUCGAACUCUCUGGACGAAGGACUAGCAGGGCUUGUGGUGGUGCUAGUGUGUUUGUUUGUUAUGUCCUUUGCAUGGUCAUGGGGUCCUCUUGGUUGGUUGAUACCCAGCGAAACUUUUCCUCUGGAGAUAAGAACUUCCGGGUUUGCAUGUGCAGUGAGCUCCAACAUGCUCUUCACCUUCAUCAUUGCUCAGGCAUUCUUGUCGAUGAUGUGCCACAUGCGUGCCUUCAUAUUUUUCUUCUUUGCUGCUUGGAUAGUGGUCAUGGGGUUGUUCGUGUUAUUCCUGUUGCCCGAGACAAAGAAUGUGCCGAUUGAUGCCAUGGUUGAGAGGGUGUGGAAGCAGCACCCGGUCUGGAAGAGAUUCAUGGAUGAUUAUGAUGGUAAAGAAGGCGUAAAAAAUGUUGGGAUGAUCAUAUGA